CUUUGGUAGGAAUAUCCGGUGCCUCUCCGGAUGAAUGCUCGAUUCGGACACGCCCAUGUUGAUUGCGAUGCCAAACACACGUGAGGCCAACGCGAAACUGCAGUGAAGCUAGGUCCGGACGCCUUGCGUGCUCAGGCUCACGCAUUUUGUCAGCUCCUGCGACAAAGCAGCGGCGGCAAUAGUAAUCGACGGAACUCAAAGUAGCACCGCAACGACCCUGCCCGAAACUGCCUCAAAGCCCCUUGCCCUGACCGCUCACCAUCUACUUAAACCUCGACAGUCGCCUCCAUCCUCUAGCAAAGACCCAAGCCAAGAAGUCAGAUUCCCAACCCCACCUCGGAUACCAACCCUUCUUUCCAAGCCAGCCCAACCUCUCCACCAAACCGCCACUAUGUCCGCAGAACACAACUACAAGUUCGAUGUCAAGAUGACCUGCGGUGGCUGCUCCGGCGCCGUAACGCGAGUCUUGUCGAAGCUCGAUGGUGUCAAAUCCUUUGAUGUCUCCCUCGAGAAGCAGACCGCCGAGGUCGUUGCUGAAGAAUCCCUCGACUACAAUACCGUCCUCGAGAAGAUCAAGAAGACCGGCAAGGAAGUUAGGUCUGGGGAGGCGGAUGGAAAGACGAUGGAGGUUUAAGAAGUGGAAUAGGGCUUGCGUUAUACCAGGAGUUUUGCGGCAUUGCGGUGGGAUGGAUGUCGGCACCCAUGAAAGUUGUUUUACGUCCACAUCACGCCUACGAUAGGAAACUCCCUGUGAUGAGAUAUGAGCUCUUUCAGAGCUGUUUGUUGCUAACUACUAUGCCUGAAGGUGGAGCUUCUAGUCUGAAACACGUGUGACUCGAUAGACCCAGGAACACAUGCUUGUCGCUCUUUGAAGUGCUUCAAUCCACUUUCAAGGAUCUGGAUGGUUCAUGCAGGAACCGUCUUGAAGAAUGUAGAUUCGUUGGGCCACCUCAGACGGUGCCGGGUGAGGCUGUACAAACUCUCAGG